AUGUUCAUAUCUAUCUAUCUAUCUAUCUAUCUAUCUAUCUAUCUAUCUAUGUCUGUUUCUCUCUAUCUCUCUAUUUUACACACGCACACAAAUUCGGGAAAUAAUUUGGUAUUUCUCGCUAUCAAUUUGUUCGUAUCUACCUAUCUAUCGAUCCAAAUCUGUUCAUAUCUAUCUAUCUAUCGAUCCAAAUCUGUUCAUAUCUAUCUAUCUAUCGAUCCAAAUCUGUUCAUAUCUAUCUAUCUAUCUAUCUAUCUAUCUAUCUAUCUAAUCUGUUCAUAUCUAUCUAUCUAUCUAUCUAUCUAUCUAAGUCUGUUCAUAUCUAUCUAUCUAUCUAUCUAUCUAUCUAAGUCUGUUCAUAUCUAUCUAUCUAUCUAUCUAUCUAUCUAUCUAUCUAUCUAUCUACCUACCUAUCUAUCAAUCUAUCCUUUAGAAGAUUUACAAAACAAAAUUGAUACUUCAUUCUUCUUAAUGAAAUGUUCAUUAUCUUCCAUUCACCCUCUCUCUCUCUCUCUCUCUCUCUCUCCCCAUCUAUAUCUCUUUCCCUUUCUCUGUGUCUCUAUCUCACGGUUUCCCUCUCUCCUUCUCUUUCUCCCUCCGUCUCUCUAUGUCUCUCUCUCUUCCCCCUGUCUCUCCCUCAUUCUCUUUUCCUUUUGUCUCCACCCUCUGUCUCUUCAACUCUUUCUCCCUUACUCUCUUUCCUUCUCUCACCUCCCUCUGUCUCACCAUCUCACUCCCAUUCUCUCACGCUCUCUUUCCUUCUCUCUCUUCUUUUUGUCUCUUCAUCCCUCUCUCCCUCACGCUCUCUUUCCUUCUCUCUCCUCUCUCUCCAUCUUUCUCUUAUGCUCUCUUUCCUACUCUCUCUUCCCUUUGUCUCUUCAUCUCUCUCUCUCCUUCACUCUCUUUUCUUCGCUCUCCUCCCUCUGUCUCUACAUUUCUCUCUUCCACUCUUUCAUGCUCUCUUUCCGUCUCUCUUCUCCCUUUCUUUCUUUCCUUUUUCUUUCUCUCACUCUCUCUUUCCUUCUCUUUUUCCCCACUCUCCCCUCCAUCACUUUUCCUCUCCCUUUCUCCCUGCCUCUCUUUCUCCCUCCAUCUCUCUCUUCCUCUCUCUGGCGUUGGUCCUACUGCAUCGAGUUUUUAUCUAUCUAUCUAUCUAUCUCAUUCAGUUCUCACUAUCUAUCUAUCUAUCUAUCUCAUUCAUUCUCCACCAUCCAUCCAUCCAUCUAUCUAUCCCAUCCAGUUCUCACCAUCCAUCCAUCCAUCCAUCCAUCCAUCCCAUUCAGUUCUCACCAUCCAUCCAUCUAUCUAUCUAUCUCAUUCAGUUCUCACCAUCUAUCUAUCUAUCCUAUCUCAUUCAGUUCUCACCAUCCAUCCAUCCAUCUAUCUCAUUCAGUUCUCACUAUCUAUCUAUCUAUCUAUCUAAUUCAGUUCUCACUAUCUAUCUAUCUAUCUAUCUAUCUCAUUCAGUUCUCACUAUCUAUCUAUCUAUCUAUCUAUCUAUCUCAUUCAGUUCUCACUAUCUAUCUAUCUAUCUAUCUCAUUCAGUUCUCACUAUCUAUCUAUCUAUCUAUCAAUCUAUCUAUCCCAUUCAGUUCUCACUAUCUAUCUAUCUAUCUAUCAAUCUAUCUAUCCCAUUCAGUUCUCACUAUCUAUCUAUGUCUUUUCAUUAUCUAUCUAUCUAUCUAUCUAUCUAUCUAUCUCAUUCAGUUCUCACUAUCUAUCUAUCUCAUUAUCUUCCAGUGUUUUUAUCUAUCUAUCUAUCUAUCUAUCUAUCUAUCUAUCUAUCUAUCUAUCUAUUUUCAUUUUCUAUCUAUAUAUCUAUCUAUAUAUCUUUUUUUCAUUUUCUAUCUAUGUCUUUUCAUUAUCUAUUAUCUAUCUAUCUAUCUAUCUUAUAAUAAUCUGGUUAUGAUUGCUUCUUAA